AAAUGGGUCGCAUUGCGUAUGCAGACAAUUCGUGGGCCAAAAUAUAGAAAGCCUUGGAAGCCGGAAGUGUCAAAUUUGGAGUUGGUUAUUUCUGGAGGCCAGGGUGUUUAUACGCAUCGCUGACAUCAGGGCACUAAAAGGGAUUUAAAUUACACGUAACAUACAAUGACAGGGAUCGCCACUUUUCGUGGUCCAUCUUUAAGCCAAUAUCAAUUAUUAUAGUCCAACUAAAUUAUUAGUAUUAAACAAAUCUCACCUAAUUCCCAACACAUACCUGCUUUACUUCCCCAGUCUCAAGCCUACAUAUAAGCUUACUAGUCGAUACAUUAUCGUUAGAAAAUCGAUUUUUUUGUCCCUAAUCUUAAAACAUCGUUUUGAUACUAUCUUACUAACAACAAAUCAAAAUCAAUUGGCGAGAAGUAGAGAAACGCAUAUCCUUUAUAUAUGAUGCCCUAAUACAAUCCAUUUUCCAAUAUGUUAAACUAAAUGUACAUAUAUCUUAUUUUUUACAAACAAAAAGGAAAUAAUUCCUAUACUAAGAUUUUUGGUCUACUCUAUGAAAGAAACUACAUUGUGUGUCAUGAAAAUUAGAAUGCAGAGCAGAAACCCCACAUGGAUAGCCUGUGGAAGACCAAGCGUGCAACAUCUUCUGUUCUCUUGCUCUGUUAUUAUAAACUUUUUUAAGUAACUAUACAAAUAAGUGGAAAGACUGAUCAUACUAAUAUGUGUCUCUUCGGAAAUCAUUUUCAAGUAAAUAUAUAUAUAUAUACCAAAUAUAGGAAAGAAAGAAGUUUAGGAUAAUAAGAACAAUUCACAAACAACAAAACAAAGGCAACAUGAAAGCAGAAACCUUUUCCUUGCAAAAGUGUAUAGAAAAACACAUCCUAACCAAACUUUCCCUUCUUUUCUUUUUCUUAUCAUCUUUCCUCUUUUCUUCAGAAGAGCAACAGCCGCAGAAGCAUAUCAUGAUCAUGAUGAUGAAGUUCUAUACGUUCACUUUCUUAAUCUGCUUGUUCUCGAAGCUCCAAGGUCACUGCAAAUCAGAUAUCAGCCUUGGUAAUUCCCUGACGCUCACUUCUCCUCUAGAAUACACUCCCGGGUUUAUGGGGAAAGCUUAUAUAAUGGAGACAGAAUCAUCGUCAACAAGAGAACCCGGUUUCAAAGCCGCGUUAACGAUGGAAUCAAGUGACAAAGAUGAUGGACGAUAUUUGUGUUCCCUUCAAAUUUUCCUUGGAGAUGUAAGAGUAUGGAGCUCAGGGCAUUACUCGAAGAUGUACGUUUCUAGCAAAUGCAUCAUUGAGCUUACAAAAGAUGGAGACUUGAGGCUAAAGAGUAGCAAUAAACACGUUGGAUGGAGAAGUGGAACCUCAGGACAAGGCGUGGAGAGGUUGGAGAUACAAAGCACAGGGAAUCUAGUGUUGGUUGAUGCUAAGAAUUUGAUCAAAUGGCAAAGUUUCAAUUUCCCAACAGAUGUGAUGUUGAGUGGUCAGAAACUAGACGUGGCGACGCAACUAACUUCAUUCCCAAAUGACUCGACUUUGUUCUAUUCAUUUGAAAUUUUACGCGACAAGAUUGCUCUGUUCCUAAAUUUGAACAAGCUCAAGUACUCCUACUGGGAAUACGAGCCUAUAGAGAAGAACACAACGGUCAACUUCGUGAGGUUAGGGUUAAAGGGUCUUGACCUAUUCGACGAUAACAGCCACAUAAUCGGAAGAAUCGAGCAACCGUUGAUCAGAUUCUUGGCGCUUGGGAACAGAACCGGUAAUUUAGGACUCUACUCGUAUAAACCGGAAAAGGGAAAGUUCGAGGCAACGUUUCAAGCUGUAAGCGACACUUGUGAUCUUCCUGUAGCGUGUAAACCAUAUGGAAUCUGUACAUUCUCAAAGUCUUGUUCUUGCAUUAAGGUUGUGAGCAAUGGAGAUUGUAGCAGCAUCAACGUGGAAGAAGCGGUUUCGGUGAAGAGGUUAUGCGACCACGAGAUGGUUGAGCUAAAAGGAGUUACUACAGUGCUAAGAAACGGGACACAAGUGAGAAACAUCAGCAAAGAAAGAUGUGAAGAGUUGUGUAAGAAAGAUUGUGAGUGUGGAGCUGCGAGUUACUCUGUUUCUGAUGAGAGUUGUGUCAUGUAUGGGAUUGUGAUGGGUGUUAAACAGAUUGAGAGAGUGAGUGGAUUGAGUUAUAUGGUUAAGAUUCCUAAAGGAGUGAGAUUAAGUGAUGAGAAACCGAAUGUUAGAAAAUGGGUUGUGGGAUUAGUUGGAGGGAUUGAUGGUUUUGUGAUUUUGUUGCUUCUUUCUGGAUUUGCUAUUUAUUUCAUUCGGAAGCGACGGAAAAGCUUGUCACUGCCGCCACCUCCACCGCUACCGCAGCAGCCGGCCAAUACAGAUUCUUGAUAGUUUUGUUUUUGGAGAUUUCAGAUUAAUUUGUGUCUUACAUGUAAACAUUGAUACCGUUUUUAUAGUGAAAACAUUGAUACCGUAUUGAUAUGA